AUGGUUAUAGCAGCAAAAAACAGCAAAUCCACAGAGGGACCUGAUCUGAAAGAAGGGAUGGAGGAGGUGAAAACCCUGAAGCAGUUCCCUCCGUACGGCGCCAUUAGUGGACACUCAUCAGCAGACACCUGUCCCACAUGUCGUGGCACUGGGCGAAUCCCCAGAGGUCAUGAAGACCAGCUAGUUGCUGUAAUACCGUGUAACGAUGCGAGGCUGAAACCCAGACGCACGAAGCUGUACGUGUGCAUCUCCAUGGCUCUGUGUCUCUUCCUUUGCUGUCUGAUCCUCUUCUUCCUCUUCCCCCGGAGUGUCAUCCUGACGCCUGUGUCUGUGUUGUCAGUCAUGGUCUACUUCACCCCGGAUACAACUGAAAUGGAGGUCACCGUGAGUAGCAGGAACACUAAGGCAUUGAUCUAUUUGCCAUGCAAUAAUUUCUCAUCCCUCAUUUUUUUGCAGGACACCAUUGAAAUUGACCUGCAUAUUACCGAUAAAGGCUUAAACACUUACUGCAAGUCGAGCUCUAUCAAGAUUCACACGUUAUUUCUGGAGCUGCAAAUGACUAUGAAUAUUUCCUAUCUCUCUCACAUGGAGCAGCUUUCCUUGAACACAUUUGAGUACAUUGACUGUGGCACCAAUUCAACAACCCCUCAUCCUGUGAGAUGAUGAAAUCAAAACGAAAAACACCAAAGUGGGAGUGUGAAAUGAUGAAUAUUCUGGCCGCAUUGCACCCUUUUCCUCUUUUGUGUCUGAUGUGACUUCGCAGAUGAAAUCUACUGU